AUGGAUCUUGAUGGCGAGUUUCACCAUGACCGUGAUGCGCAGAUGGUGCCGAAGGUCCUCUGCUGCAUGUGUGGUCUUCUGAUUGACAGCAACCCGAGCAACAUGUGCCCCAGCUGCCUCCGCUCGCACAUCGACAUCACAGAGUCGCUGCAGAAGGAGUACAUCAUNGUGUACUGUCCGGAGUGCACCCGCUACCUGCAGCCCCCACAGUACUGGAGCCGCGCUGACCUCGAGAGCCGCGAGCUGCUCACCAUCUGCCUUAAGCGCAUAAAAGGCAUGAACCGCAAUGUGUUUAAGCUGGUGGACGCCGGCUUUAUAUGGACGGAGCCACACUCAAAGCGUCUCAAGGUAAAGCUUGUGCUGCAGAAGGAGGUGAUGAGCAACAUCGUCAUUCAGCAGGCGUGCGUCGUGGAGUAUGUAGUGUUGUGGCAGCAAUGCCCAACCUGCCAGAAGGUGGCGACGGGGCAGCCGCAGUGGGACGCUUGCGUGCAGGUGCGUCAAAAGGCCGUGCACAAAAAGACAUUUCUCUUCCUUGAGCAGCUCAUCUUGAAGCACAAGUUGCAAGAAAACUUUAUCCGCAUCGAGUCACAACCCGAGGGCCUUGAUUUCUUCUUUGGCCACAAGAGUCACGCCAUGAACUUUUUGGAGUUUUUAAAUCGCAAUAGCCCUGUGACCCGCCGCGACGCCGUACAGCUUGUGUCGCACGACAGCAAAAAUAACACGGCGGUGCAGCACCACACGUUUUCGAUCGAGAUUGCUCCCCUGUGCCGCGAGGAUCUCCUCCUCCUGCCGUACCAAAAUUACUAUCUGAAAAUGGGCGGCAUCGGACCCCUCGUGCUCGUGCACAAGGUGUACAGCAGCAUUGUGCUGCUCGAUCCCAAAACACUGCGCGCUGGAGAGUUCACUGGACAUCUGUACUGGAAGAAGCCUUUUGUGUCACUUAUGAACUCCCGCGAGUUGACGGAGUUCUACGUGCUGCAGUGCACCCCGACUGGCGUCACCAACGGCCGCUAUCAACUCGGCAUGGUGACCGUUUGCCUCUCCUCCGAGGUGGGCCACGGGCGUGAGUGGAUUGUCACAUCGCACCUCGGCGGUAUGCUGCAACCCGGCGAUCUCGCAAUGGGAUACUUGCUGGAGGGAAAGAAUUUCAACAACGAGGAGUGGGACAGCCACCGCUACAAGCAGGAACAGCUGCAGGAGGUGGUGCUCGUGCGGAAGCAUUUCCCCGCACAGAAGGCACGUCGCCACAAGCGCGUGUGGAAGCUCAAGCACCUGGACGUGAUGGACCCCACCUCUAUGGGUCGCUCAGCGAAGCAACAGGAAGAGAUGGAGAAGGAGCGACUCGAGUUUGAGGACGACCUCGAGCGCGAUGCGGAGUUCCGCCGCGAUGUGCCAAUCUACAAGAAGCUGCAGUCCGAGCUGGACCCACGCGGGGUGGAAGGCGGCGGUCGUGCCAAGACUGCGGAGACAGCAGCAGCGACAGCAGCCGAAGAGGAGGAGGACGAUGAUGGAGAGGAGGUGCCGCAGAUCGGGCUGGAGGAGAUGCUUGAUGAGCUCAGGAUCGAGGACGACGUGCUGGACGGCAACGGUGAUGAUGGUGAUGCCGAGGAAGAUGAGAAUGGCGUCGCAGAGCGUCAGCCGAAGAAGCAGCGCGCGGAGUAG